ACGCGCUGACGUCACCGUUCAUAUGAUCCACUCGAACCAAUGAGACGUCCAGCAGGGCGUGAUCUGCCUCAAUCAGUUUUAGCACAAUGUAACGUCCCCGCACCUCGUUACUUUUCAGCGAAAUAUGAUCUCCCUCCUCACUUUGCAUUAAUGAUGUUGUAGCGGUUCGUCCGGGGGAAGCUGAUUGUUUUGUUUCCGUUUUUCAAUUUCGGUCGUCGGAAAUAACAGCGGGUUGCAGAUCCGACUCUGUGCAGCCCGUCACAAUGCACCCGAUGCCUGUGUGCUCCGUUAGCUGUGGAGACAUAUUUGACUGUAUACAGAGGGGAAAUAUUGAACAGUGUAUCUACUUCGUUCAAAAUGACAGAUCAGUCCUCAAACAAAAAGGUUGGGGUGGUUUCAGCCCUCUCCACUACGCUGCCCUCCAUGGUAACCGCGCCCUGGUUGACUUUUUCCUCACUUUCGGAGCUGACCCUAACCUGAGAUGCGAUGCAGGACAGACUGCCUUUCAUUUCGCCUGCAGGCAAGGGAACAUCUACAUCAUACACCAGAUGAUGCAGUACGGAGCUGAUUUGCGCCUCAUAGAUCUGCAGGGGAAAACGUCACUUCAUCAUGCAGUCACCGGGGGAAGCAUUGUUGCAGUGCACUAUCUGUGGGAGACAGGAAUGUUCCGGUUCUCAGACACAGACAAGUACCGGGUGACCCCUCUUCACCUGGCUGCUUCCACUGGAAACACAGAGAUGGUUCGGUAUUUGCUCAAAAACCAGAGAUGUUCUGUGGAUGCAGUUGACCAGCAGGGGGGGACAGCGCUUCAUGUAGCUGCAGAGCGGGGAGGAGUGGAGGUGUGCUGGACGCUGCUGCAGAGGACAGGCUGCAGGAUGCUCUACGAGAAGAACCACAGCGGCCUCACGCCACUGGAGCUCAGCAAACAGGGGAAAACAUUCAGACAUCAGCAACUCACCAAGCUACUGAGUCGGUACAUUAAUGAGCCAAUACACCACAGGCCCACCGAGUCUCAUGUUUUGUAUUAUUGGACACUGUUCUUUCCAUCCCUGGGUGGAGCUUCCAUCCUGCUGAUAGCGGCCAUGUUGGGUGGUUAUGGGGGGUUAAUCUGUGGGUUGCUCUUCCCCUGGUUAGCCCGGAGCAUUUUCACACAGUACCACCGUAUGACCACGUACCAAAGGUUACCCAACCCGAUCUACUUGGGGACCCUCAUAGCUGGCUUGUUCCAUUCCCUUCUCUGCUUCUAUGGGAAAAUAAUGCCGAGUGUGUGGCCAACCAGCGCUCUGGUCCAGGUGUCAAUGGUCCACUUCUCUCUAGUCCUUGGUUUGCUCUGUAAGGUUCUGACUCAGGACCCGGGGGCUCUGGACAGAGCGGACGCAGAUCCUCGGUUCUCCUGCAUCGCUGACCUAGUGGAGAACAACCAGAGCCAUCACCGGUUCUGUCCGUACUGUGAGUUGUUUCCUCCUGACUACACCAAACACUGUAAGCUGUGCGACAUGUGCAUUAGAGACUACGACCACCACUGCCUUUUCCUCAACCGCUGCAUAGGACGGGGAAACCACCGCCUCUUCCUCUUCUUCAUCCUCUCCAUGGUGAUUGCUCACCUUCUUUUCGCCGCCACGGCAACCAGUUACCUGUACGACAGGCUUCCCAGAGGCAACCACAGCCUGUCCAUGUGGCUCAGUCUGAUCGGGGAGGAGUUCUGGGUUGUGGUCAUGAUCGUUUUGAACGCUGUGACAAUCUUUUGGGAGGCGUGGCUACUCCGAACAUUCGAUGCGGUUGCCACGGGAACGACAACUUACUUCAGACAGUGUGAAAGCUCAGCGAGGCAGAGGCCGAUGGCGCAGCGCUGGGUCAUAGUGAUGUCGUUUCUGCUGGAGGGGCGACGACGGGUGGGCAGCGGAAACGCAAGCGAUGAUAAAACUGCCAUAGACAUUUAAAACUGUCGGUUUGUUUUCUGUCCGAGUGAACAGAAUUCAUUCUAUCAUCGAUAUACAAAGAUAUUCUGUGCAUUCUAAGUCUACAGCGUCUGUGAUGUGCACAUUGUGAUAAUAUCCUCUUUAGAUUUAGAUUACUCUCUAAUGCCAUAAAAAGCUUUGUUUCCACCAAAGGAAGUUUCCCACAGGAACUAGGGACUUUACCAAAGGGACUACAGUUAAAAUAAGUUAUGGAGGGGUGCAGGUGGCGCAGUUUUUGGUGCGCGCACCCUAUGUACGGAGGCAGUCCUCCAGGCGGGUGGCCCAGGUUCGAAUCCUAUCUAUGGCUCCUUUACCGCAUGUCAUUCCCCACUUUCUCACUCCCUGAUUCCCAACUCUGUCCACUGUCCUAUCUCUACAUUAAAGGCACAAAAAGACCAAAAAUAAAUCUUCAUGGGAUCAGAUUAUUUGAUCUUAGUAAAAAAUGGGCUGUAGGAAUUUAGUAAUCCGUUGUGACGUAGCCCCUGGAACAAACAGUCCCGGAUAAUUUGGUGGAAACCGUUGACUGUACAUAAAGAUGGACGAUCAUCUCCACCUCUUCCAGAAAAAAAAUAGCUCAGCCAAAAUAUCCCUGCGAUGGGCGCUGACAUAUCGCACUAGUGAGGUCAUUUGGAGACAAAGUUGCGCAGUAGACUCUGCCAUGAUAUUGACAUCCCGCCCCUUCUGAAUAAUCUAAACACACAUUUAAAUUGAAACAGGAAAGAUCCCCCAGGUUGGUACAGUCUAGAGUAGAAAACAAAUGUUUUAGCAGAUAAUCACAAUUAUGGAAUUUGAAUGAAUAGUGUCAUUGCUGUGUUUCUCUUCUUGCUGCUCCUCCUCUAAUCUGGCAUUUGUCAACAGAGCUGUCAAUGAUGGCGUUAUACCACUUUUUAUAGCCUCAAAAAAAUAAUUAAUUUAACGCAUGCACAUACAGUAAAUGCUCCAAAAUCCUCCAGCAGCAAGGAAGUGUGGACAACAGGACAUGAGGAGUACAAAAGAGAAAUCCUUCCUGCAUCUCAUCCCAUCUCCCCCAUCCCAUUUUUCUGAACAAGUACAGUCUUUAACCUGCUCUUUUGUAAAGCGUCUCGAGUUAACACUUGUUAUGAAUUGGCGCUAUACAAACAAUGAUUGAUUGAUUGAAAGCGUUAUGAUAAGGACUCACUUUGAAGAUAGAAACUAUAUUUGAGAAAAACUACCUUUGAUGUGUAUUUAGAUUUUAUAGUUUGGCUCAUGUCUCAUCUUUUAACACGGAGGAGCCGGCAUUAUAACCUUAUACUGCAGCCAGUCAAUAGGCGGAGCUCCAAAUGUUUUGGCUUCACUUUUGGGGCACUGUCAUGUUGUCCAUGUUUUUUUGCAGUCUUAACGCAGCCUAACGUGUUGUACUUGAACUUUUGAUGUGGGCAUGUUUUAAUAUUCUAUUUUAAUACACCACAGGACGAAAGAGUCAAUGUGUCGGCACAGAAUAAAUACCACUGAAGUUUAUGUGUAAGCUUAGUAUUAAGAGACCUCACUGAACAGUUAUUUUUUUUAACUUGUCUGUUUACAUCACUUUGUCUGAAUGAGCAGAUAUUUCCUUAACUGUGUUUUAGCAGGGAACUCCUCUGAAUGAACGCUCACCUUUACACCCGUUUUUAUACCACCCAUUAGCAUGUUUUUUUAAAAUCAUGUUUUAAAUGGAAGUGUGUCUUAGAUUCAAACGUAGCUCAAAGUUGUAAAGAUGUGUGUACUUGCAAAAUUAGCAAGUCGUGUUAUUAGCUAAUUGUUAAUAGCUGGUGUGCUUAAAAGUCUUUGUUCCAGAUAUAAUGUCAUUACCUCUCUGACCUGCUCCCAGCCAUGUCGGCCAUGACACUUCCUCCGCUCACGCUAAUGAGACGAGCUCUUUUCAUGUCUUCAAUUACACACGCUCAUUUCCUUUGUGUCCCUCAGGACCAUAUUUCUAGAUUAUAGAUGACACUCCCCAGUCCCCUCAGAGACUGGUGUGUGUCUGGAUGUGAGUAGUUACACCACUGAUAGUAUUUAAUGUCUGCUGUUUAAUGUGUUCAGCAUAUGUAGUGCUUCUACUGUAUUUCUGUGUGAAUGCGUCAGUGUUAUUAUAUUUAAUUAGCAUUUUGUUGUGACCCUGGUUUAUUUAAGGUGCGCUCAUGUGUUUUAUCUCUUUUGUUUUUCAAGAUGUUACCUUGUUGGUGCCAUGAUGGUUUCAUGCUCUCUGAAAAAUGUUGAAUAAAUCACUGAAAUCUGCCA